AUGGUCAAGGACACCCAAGUUCCCUUCGCGGGCCUUAAGUUCAAUGGGAACCCAAACGACUUCCAACGAUGGAAAGACGCCGUGGUCGCACAUCUCGUGAGCAAGACCAACAGCCGCAAGAUCUCUGAGAUUCAAGCCGGAAGGGCUGCGCCCCGAUACCGCCCGAAGCCGGUGCCUCCAGCCCACUGGCUCACCUCCACCACCAUCCACCUGCCGCUGCCACACUCCGCGCCCCGACUGGCUGAUCGUCCUCUUCGUCACUCGUUCGUCAAGUCGAUGACGUCUCGAGUGCGCGGCUGCCGCCGUCUGUCAGCCACGUGA